AUGGGGAGUAAUCAAGGAGCUAAACUUUCUAAAUUCUUUGGAGCCUUGUCACCAAGUUCCCUCACUUCAAAAAAGCAUGGCUACAGCCUGAAGACAACAGAAAACUCACCAGAAGCUAGAUCCGUUCCUCCAGUCAAACAGCUGCUUGAUGAACCAGAGACUGUCACCACCAUAGACACUGAUAUUUACAAACAUUCGCAAUUUGGCCUCAUAGGUCAGGGACCGUUACUUAAGUCAAUCACAACUAAGUCUAGAGACACACCAGCUAACAUAGCAGUGACAAAAAGUGGAUAUCUAGUUUAUACUGAUUGGCGGUGCAGAACUGUGAAAAUUGUGAAGAAUGAGGAGAUAGAGGAGGUGAUUAGAUUAACAACAAAAUAUAAUCGUCAUGUUGUCUGCAUCACAACCUCUGAAGAUUUUCUAGUUUUAAUGGAUAGUGAUGACUUAAAUCCAUCAAAGAUUGUCCGUUACUCUGGUUCCACGGAAAAACAAACAAUUCAGUUUGAUGAUAAAGGCCAACCUCUAUAUCCAUCUGGUCCUUCUACGAGACAUAUUACCGAGAGCAGAAACCUGGAUAUCUGUGUGUCUGACUGUGAGGCUGGAUUAGUAGUGGUGGUGAAUCGGGCUGGAAGACUUAGAUUCAGGUACACUGGACAUACUCCUGCUUUAAAGAAUAAACCGUUCAGUCCACUAGGAAUCACCACAGACAGUCAGAGUCACAUUCUCACAGCUGAUAAAUGCAAUGAGUGUGUCCACAUCAUAGACCAGGAUGGACAGUUCCUCCGUUACAUAAACUGUGGUCUGAGAAAUCCAUGGGGACUGUGUAUAGAUACAAAUGACAAUCUCUAUGUUUCUCUAUAUGAUGAAGGACAAGUGAAGAAAAUCAGAUAUCUGCAGUAA